GAUGUGUAGGUUUUGUGCAUACAAUUGAUUUCAGCAAAUGGGCACAGCUUGCCUGACCGUCCCUUAAGGACCAUUAUUCUUCUUCCAUCAGUGAUACUAUGUGAGAUGGGUGUGUUCCCUCUAUGGCUCUGAAAUGCAUUAUAAUAAAAAGAUAAAUUUCCUCCUUUGCAAUCUUGGGCUUUGGGUGUUCCUUAUUCUGGGAAGGGAUUUAAAGCUGUCUGCCAGACCCGUGGGCUGUUAAAACAAGACAGUGCCACAAUGCUGAGCUCAGGCCUGCGAAUUCCCCCCCUCCUCCUCCUCCUGUUGCUCACAGCGAUGGAAUUGAGCUGGUCCCUUACAGAGGAGGACAAGAAGCUGAUGUUGGACCUGCACAAUCAGUAUCGCUCAAAGGUUUUUCCUCCAGCUGCAGACAUGCUGAAAAUGAGCUGGGAUUCAGAGCUGGAAGCUUUUGCCAAAGACUACGCAACAAAAUGCAUCUGGGAACACAAUAAGGAGCGCGGCUGGCGAGGCGAGAACCUCUUUACCAUGAGUGGUGACUUGACUGUGAAGACAGCAGUGGAAAACUGGUACAAUGAGUACCAAUAUUAUAAUAUGACCACGUUAAUAUGCGCAGAAGGGGAGAUGUGUGGCCAUUAUACCCAGGUGGUCUGGGCAAGCAGCAACCGUGUUGGCUGUGCAUCAGUGCUCUGUGAAACUCUGGAAGUUCUGAAUGAGACUAACAUGCAUUUGGUGGUCUGCAACUAUGAGCCCCCGUGA